UAAUAUAUUCCCUAAGCAGAGCCAGCCGCUUGCAGUAGCUCGGGAUCCCUUCGCUACCUUUGUCUGCCAUCCCGAGUCAAGUUGUUGCUGGUGUUCUUGGUGGUGGUGCGGCUCUGCGGUUUCCCCCAAGAGCCCUAUUAAGAAACCGUCUUCAACUGCGCUUCCGCGGAUCGUCUCCUCGACGUUGCAGCAUCCCCUGAGACCGCACCCAGGCGGCGGGUUCACGUUCCGUCCACCAAUUCAUAUCGGCGGACCGUACCGACGGUUAUCCUUCCCCUGAAUUGGCGCGCUUCAAUACCAAGAUGAUAGAUCGCCAUGGAUCCCAGUAACCAAGACCGAUGGAGCGAAUGGAGUCCCUGGCAUUGGGACCCGGCUCAAAACCUUCACUGGAGGGCGAGGCAAGACCCCCAAGGCCGAUAUCAUUACGACUACUCUUACCCAAACACGGCCACAUCUUAUCCAAACACGGCUACGCAAACCGCACCCCGCGGAAGCGACGUCAACGAGCUUGCCACUACGUUCUCAAACGUACAUAUAGACGGCCAGGAUGUGUCUUACAAUCCAGGAGGGGCAUACACUCAUCAACCAGGAGUGCUAGAAGCCACAAACCCUGGAUACGGUUCUCAUUUUCAAAGCCAAGGCUUCCCGCCCAAGGGCAAGGAGAGGGUUGCCGAUCAACCGCCAAGACCCAGGAACAGGGGCUAUAGAGAAACGCCAAAGGACAGGGGUUAUUCAUCCAAGAAGCACAGGUCUAGGGGAGCCAGGAACGCUGCCGACGCCGACGCAGAAGGCGCUGCUAACGACACGAACCCUUACGACCCAUUUUACCAGAAGCCUGGUGCCGCACCCGACACGGGGUAUACACCCGCAUCCGAUAAUGCCUAUGUCGACUCACAGACAGCGUAUUCGGGACAGCGAUACGGAGUGCCAUCACGUGAAGACGCCUACGGAUCUGGUCGCCAGGAAAACUCCGCCGGCGGCGAUGGUUUUUAUACCCAAGAGGAGUCCGCGCAGCACGAGGUUGAAGAGCCGCCAUCCGAACAUGGCCAUUAUGCCCAGCACACACAUGCUCCUGACGACGGUUCGGGCCUUGCGGGAUCCAUCCCUGAGGAACCCCCAGCCGAGGAGCAUGCCUCAGCGUAUCCCCCUCCGGAAUUCGAUGGCUCGGAAGUUCCCGUCGACCCAGAGCCCCCGAACGAGCUACUCCAGGCUAUGUCACAAGCCGACCCCUAUCUAACUGGCGCACCCAUUCCGGAAGGAGAUGCCUCACCCCUUUCCCCGCCCCAUGGCCACGCAUACGCGGGGUAUGAAGAGGAGGGUGGCCAUGGUACGCAGACCCAGUUACAGGCUGGCAUGGCGGAGGUUUACCCACCCCCGGAUAACCACCCUGCGCGGCUCAGUUCAACGCGGGAGUUUGAGUUGCACGACGGUUAUGCCGUUCAGCAUUCUAGCAUGUUCAGACCCGGCGAGGUGUUCAAGAUUCUUUGGUGCGAGCCUCUUGGCGCUGGAGCUCAUAGGAGCGAGGUAAUCACGAACUUUUUUGGACUGCAAGAACAGAACGGCAAGCAGUUCUACCAAGGGAUUCGACGUUUUAUUGUGGUCGCCAAUGACGAAGGACACUGUACCUGCGUGCCGAUCCUGACGUAUGAACACAAGGCGUGCACCAAGAAGGGAGUGAAACCCUCAAAGCAUGGAAUUGUCUACCAGCUCGGGAAAAAGCCCCGAAUGGUCGAGAAUGAGCCCAAAUUGGGCUUUGAGCCCGUGCGGCUCGAGCUUUACGAAAGGACCGAGAAAUUGGACAAGGAGUCUCGAGUCAACUACGCCAAACUCACCACCGUGGAGCACAACUUCAAAGUGUUCUUCAUUGGACGCAUUGUUCCUCAGGACUUCAACAGGAUCGUCAGCCCGGCUGUUGAGGAGUGCUGGAGCAGGAAAAGGAGGCACAACCACUAGGUUUGCCAUCCUAGCCGGAUCGGCCGCCGUCUGCAGCCGUCCAGAACAGAACCCAACGUUAUUUUCAUGCCCUAAACCACUCACAGGGCGCGCGAGGGCUACUGCCCGACAUCG